AGCAAAAGACUUUUAAGCCCUUGUAGGUGAGUUUCCAGCGAGAUCAACAGUUCUGCAAAUCUGACCUUUUUGUUUUCAGAUCUGCAAAUCUAAAUUUUGCCUGAUCAUUCUGCUAAGACUAUUGUUGAUCAGAUCUUUCCAAGAGGUCAACACUACUUGUUCAUCCAAAAAAUUGAGAUGACAGUCGACACUGCAGCAGAUUUUCUGUUGGAGUACUUGAUGCAGCUAAUAAACUGCGACAACAGAUUGAUUGUCAAGGCUUAUGAGGCCAAACUCAUUGAGAAGGAAGAAAUUGAAUGGCUUUAUGAGGAGAUGCAGUUCCUGCGGAAAUUUCUCAAGGAUACAGAGGACAUACGCCCCAACAAGCAGGCUUAUGUUGAGAAGGUGAAAGAAAUUGUGGCAAAAAUCAGAGAUGUGAUUUACGAGGUUGAAGUUAUCAUAGACUUGUGCUUACUCGAUGCUGCUAUCACAUUGGAGGAGAAAGAAAUUGAUCAUUUCCCAGAUGAUGAUUUGGUGCUGAGAGAUGUAAGAAGAUUUCUCAAAAUUCUCAAAAAGCGGCCAAGACGCAGUCGUUCUUUUGAAAAUACGGACACAAAAUUUGUAGUUGAUGCAUUUAAGUGGGAUGGUUCUAUGACUUCACGGCCUAAUCCAUUAUAUCCUGCUGAAGGCGAAAUUCUGGAUGAGGACAUUCAUCUCCCUGAUGAUGGCGAAAAUCUGGAUGAAGACAUUAAUUUCCCUUUUUCUUCAGAAGCAUAUAUUCCCUGUCGUGCUGUUCGGUCUUCUUUCCGGCGUAAACCCAGAAAUACAUGUUUAUUCAUUCCCCACAUAUCUUCUCCUAAAGUUCUUAAUGGCUUAAAAGGCGUCAUAGAAGAGAUUAAGUUUAUUAAGACAGAGGUGAUCCAAACUUAUGAGAAGAUGACAUGCGGCAUUGGGGUUCCUCAAAUUCAGGAGUCUUCUCAUGUAUAUUCAACAAGAGCCACCAGCCCCACAGUGGAGAGAGAAAUCGUAGUUGGUUUGGAGGAUGAAACAACCGCAAUAAUUGAUUUGCUUACUGAAGGCCAUGAAAAGCAGUUAAAGCUUAUUCCGAUCGUCGGGAUGCCGGGACUCGGUAAGACUACUCUGGCCACAAGACUGUACAAUCAUUCUUUCAUCAUCUAUCACUUUUAUGUUCGUGCAUGGACUCAUGUUUCACAAGUAUACCAUAAGAGAGAUUUGUUGCUUAGCAUUUCAAAUUCUGCUAAUAUUCAACUUGCUUGUGACAAAUUAAGCGAUGAAAAAUUAGGUGAAGAAUUGUACAAACACUUAAAGGGUAAUAGAUAUCUCAUUGUGAUGGAUGAUAUAUGGAACAUCAGUGCUUGGAAUGAUUUGAAAAGAUAUUUCCCAAAUGACAACAAUGGAAGUAGAAUUAUUUUCACUACUCGGCUUGGAGAUGUGGCCACACUUUUGCAUGCUAAACCUCACUAUUUGCGGUUUCUAAAUGAAGAUGAAAGUUGGAAUCUAUUGCAACAAAAGACAUUUCAGCAUGAUAAUUGUCCUCCAGAUUUGAAGGAAAUUGGGAAAAGAAUUGCAAAAAAAUGUGGUGGACUACCACUUGCAAUUGUUGUCUUAUCAGGACUUCUCGCAAAGAAUGACAAGACACCAGAUUGGUGGAGGCAUGUUGCUAAAAGUGUAAGUUCAUACAUUGUUAGGGACCCAGAACAAUACAUGGACACACUAGCAUUCAGUUACGACUACUUGCCUAAUCACUUGAAACCUUGUUUCCUCUAUUUCAGUGCAUUUCGGGAAGAUUGUGAAAUCCCGGUGUGGCAGUUGAUAUGGUUAUGGGUGGCGGAGGGAUUUAUAAAGCAAAAUGAGUCAAAGAGCUUGGAGGAUGUGGCAACAGAUAACUUGAUGGAUUUAAUUAGCAGAAGUCUAGUAGUUGUAUCCAAGAAAAGGUCUAAUGGUGGAGUCAAAGCAUGUCGCAUCCAUGAUCUCUUGCGUGAUUUAUGCCUGAGAAAAGCACAGGAAGAGAAUUUUCUCCUCCAGAACUCUAGGUUCAAACAAACUUCUUUUUCUUCCUCUUCAAGCCUUGUUGCAAAUAAGCAGCGGCGCUUAUGUGCCGAUACUCGCGUUGUUCAUUAUAUUGGUGUAGAGCAUCUUGUGACAUAUGUUCGCACUUUCUUGUCCCUUGACCGUUCAUUUCAUGACUUAUCUAAGGAGGAUGUGCCAUCCAUUUGUCAAUCCUUUCAACUUCUUCGGGUUUUAAAUUUAUCAUCCGUCGAUGUCCCCUUUUUUCCUAUAGAAAUAAAAUUGCUAGUUCAUUUGAGAUAUUUAGCACUUUUUAGUGUUAGUUAUCGACGUUUCGAUUCAUCUAUAUCCAACCUCUCAAACCUAGAAACUUAUAUUGUUGGUGGAUUUGGCGGUCGUGUGGCUUUACCAGAUAAUAUGUGGAAGAUGAUGAAGUUGAGGCAUUUGUAUACUAAGCAUUUUUUAGAACUCCCUCAGGCGACCAAUCUCCCUUAUCACUCGGCAUUAAAUAACCUACAAACCAUUGGCAAACUAGAUCUUAGAGAUCGAAACAAUCAAGUCUUGGCAUUGAUGCCCUACCUCAGAAAACUGAAAUGCGUGUCGGAUGAUUUUCCUAAAUUGGACUUUCUAUUUUACCUUGAAACAUUGCAAGUAAUAAGUAGUAAGAAGUUCAGAAGAAAGGGCAAGCUUCCACAAACAAGUUGGUUUCCCCCCAAUCUUAAAAAACUGACUUUAUCAUUCUUUCGUUUGCCUUGGGAGGAAAUGCGGACCCUUGCGAGGUUACCCAACAUUGAGGUUCUCAAAUUAUCGCGUGAGGCCUUCGAGGGAUCAACUUGGGAUGCAAAUGACAGUGAGUUUCGCACAUUACGAUUUUUGAAAUUACAGGGCCUGGACAUUGAGCAGUGGAAUGCCUCUAGUAAACACUUUCCCAACCUUCAGCGGUUGGUGUUGGAUCGCUGUCAACAACUCAAGCAGAUCCCUAAUGAUUUAGGGGAAAUAUCUACACUGGAGAUGAUUCAACUGCAAUAUUGUAGCAACUCUGCUGAAACCUCUGCCAGGAAAAUUCAAGAAGAACAACAGAGUUUGGGCAAUGAUGGGCUUGAGAUCUUUGUCCAGAGUUGGCGUCACGACUAGAUGAUCUUGGAGGAUGAGGUACAUAUAGUAUAGCAUACUGACUCAUUUAAGUAAUGCUUUUCUAGGAUUUCCAAUUCUGCUACUUCUUCUUCUUCUUCCUAUAUUUUCUCUCUGUACUUUUUACUUUUGAUUACAAAUAUUCACAUUUCUGAUCUUUGUUUAUUAUAUUUUAAUUAACUAAUACUGUAGUAUUUCUAAUUAAUCUCUAAUUCAUUAUGUGUUUUAUCUCUCUUAAUCAUGGUUUUUGUGCAUUACUAGAUCAGGAAAAAAAAAUUUGAUAGUUUUGCAGCAUAAAGAAUAAAUUAUCAAAGAGCAUUUCAAUGUUGUAUUCAAACCUUAAUGGUUAAAGUUAUAUCUACCCAGCUGAUGUUUUGAAAAACAAACCUAAUAAAUUGACUUGUGUAUGAUUUUUAGUGUAUAGUUUCUUUUGAGAACUUCAAAGUAUUAGAUUGCCUCUGCAUAAUUUAGGUUAUAAUCUCUUUAGUUCUUAAAUGUGAUAUAUACAACAGUUUUGCAUGAAUAUAGUUACCUUCAUUUUUUAUUUUGUACGACAUGUUGCACUUCUCAUUUUUCGGUGUGUAUCGAUUUAUGUUCAAAUUGUUUGUUUUAUCAAACUACUGUCAGCAGUUAUUUUUGUAGAAGUUGUUAUACAUUAACCCUAAGGCAGUGGUAAAGAAUCAAGUCUCGUAAGGUAGAGGUCUUGAAUUCGAUUCUUCUCUCUUGAGACUAGGCUACACAGAGUUUCUCCUUAGAUUAAAAUUGUCACGUAGUAUUACUCAAAUCAUCAGAAAAUAUAUAUAAAUGUAAUGCACUCUUUAAUUCUGGUUUAGAGCAAAAUUCUCUAAUACAAGAUACAUAUAUCUAUGGAUAACAUUCCAAUAUAUAUCUUAUUUUUAGAUGUCUUAAACUUGCCCUUUAAAUCUAAAUAUGAAUAGAGGGCUUAGUAAGUGCUUUAUUUUGGCUGGUCAAAUCAUAGGAAAAUUAGAGAUGCCUCUGCUAGUCAACUGAAGAUCAUGUCUAGAGACCAACUGACGUGAGAGGUUAGAAGAGGGUGUUUUUGCUGAUAUUUUUGAGAAGAAAAAAUUUAAGACCUUUACAAAAUUGGAAGAAGGCAAAAAAAAAAAAAAAAAAUUCCCUUCUGCUUUAGAAAGCAAGAUAAUACCACUAACUAUAGCCCUUGGUGAUUGAAGUGGUCCCAUAGGGAACAAAGAAAACUGGUAUGUAAAUUGCCACAAGAAUGAAGAUGUGUGGUUGGAAUACAUCAGAAGGCAAUUUGUCUAUGGAAAUUACCUGUAACAACCCACUCAAAAGAAGGAUAAUCUUAAAGUUUAAAUUUUAAAUUUAAAUUAAUAAAAACUCUAGAGAUAGCUUAAACCUUAGUAAAUAAGAAUUUUCUUUCUAAUUUAAGAAGUUGUGUCCAUAUCAAUCAGAAGGGAGAAGGAAUAAAAAAAUGUGAGUAUAGGGUGAGACCUGAAGUGAUAGACGGAUAGGAUAAUUCAUCAUCGCCAUUAUCAUCAUUGUCUUAAUCCGAUAUGAAUGGAUCAGCCACAUGAGUUCUUUUUUAUUUUUAUUUUUUCAUUCUUGUCUAUUUUAUUAGAUUUAUCUUUCUAACAUCAUUUCUACUAAUCUUAUCCCAUGUUAAUUUCUGUUGCCCUCUCUGAGUCUCCUCUCUUCUAUUCAAAUUAGUCUUCCUCUUCUUACUGGUUCCUCUACAGGUCUUCUUUGUAUAUGUCAUUGACUCCAUUCCACUUAAAUCUACUCUAAUUAAUAGGUGUCACUCUUAAUUUCUCCCAAAUUUUGAUUAGAAUGCUAUCAACUCCUGAUUAUCCAAUAUCAGGCUACAUCUCACCCGAGGACUUGGAUCCUCUACGUUCUUUUUUUGGUCCGCUUCCAUCUGCUGCUCAAUUAAGCGGUGGACAUGCGGCCACGUGUACAUACAGAUCUCAAAAGUAAAAAUUGAAUCUUUUAAAAAGAAGUUGCCAAAAUUACCCUCUGUACUCACCAUUACUACAAAAGUGUCGCCCAAUAUUAUAUCUCUCCGUAGUCCAUAUUUACUGACAGAUACAUAUAUGUAUAUAUAUAUGUUGUACAUCUCCCCGUAACCAGAAUCUCCCUAAUCCAUGUGAGGCCGGUGUCAUUUUUCAUUUUUUCAGGCAUUUUCUUAUUCUUAGCAUAUUAUUAUUGUGUGUACGGGGAUACAUGCUAUGUGAAUUGGAAGGUUUGUCAUUUCUUCGACUCUCGAACUCUUAAAAAUGUAUUUAGAAUUAUUUUUUAACUUUUUCGAGCAUUUUGGCUUUGUGGGCCCGAGAGGUCCCAUGUGGGUCUUACUUAGGGAUAGCAAUUUACCCCGCCUUGUCCCGUUUAAAGCGGAUUUGAAGAACCGUUUAUUUAAAUGGCUUGGGGAUAGGGGUUGGGAAAAAACAACCGGCCGGAUUUGGGGCUGGGGUAGGAGAGGGGUACCCCGCCCCACAACCGCCCCGAUUACAUAUGCAAUUACUCCUAUUUGCCCUGCCAUGUUACUAUAUUUACCGAUUUAACAUAUUAUAUAUAUAAGUAUCAUAUUAUAUUAUAUAUACAAUUCUAAAUAAACCAUACUCAUUUCUAUCUUCUAAAGCUAUGCGGAGCGGAGCCGGGGCAAGCGGGGAUUGGGCGGGGGGCGGUUACGGAGAUUGGAGAUAAAAAAAUAAUCAGUUAUGGGACAGUUUCGGAGGUGCCAAAUUUAAACGGGAAUGAGGAUGGGGAAUGAGAAACCUGCCCCAACCUUCCCCAUUGCCAUCCCUAGUCUUCCUUGAGAUUUUGUGCUCUGAAAAUCUUCCGACCUUAUCUUAUUACCUUAUUUUAGCAUUGGUGUAAUUAAAUUAUGUUAAGUCAAAAGAAGGGACAUGGAAGGAAUAAAUGAACUUAUAGUGCUUGGAGGGACCACCACUUUGACUAGGUGUACGUAAAGAUGAUAUUAGUCAUUUUUGAGCCACACUUCUUUCCUUCUUCAGUAGUGCGUGCUCUCUCUCUCUACCUCCCUCUCUAUCUUUUGUUUUUAUUAUUAUUUUAUUAUUAUUAUUAUUAUUAUUUUAAUUAACUUUUACAUGCUUAAGAGGAGUGUUUGAUCUAGUUAGGCUUGGAUUUUGAGGAGCAUGUAGAAGAGAAGUUCAACGAGCACUACGAGAGCUUUGCACCGGUGGUCUUAGAACCCAAUUUGCACUUGGAUCCAUUUUGGGGUUUUGCCUAGAAUUCGAGGUAAUUGUGUGUAACCCAUAUUUUCUUAAGUUCUAGUGAGUGAUUUGUAUGUUUUAUGUGAUAAUACAUGCUUAGGAGAGUGGAUGACAUGUUUAGUAUGAGGGUGGUUGUUAAAUUGCUAAAUUCCAAGCUAUCUUGUUGAAUAUUUGUUGAAUUCGUGCAAAUGGUGCUAAAUUUCUUAUAAUAUGAGCCCUAUGUGUAAUAUGCAAGAGAUAAUUAGGACUAUGUAUGUUUUAUAUGAUUCUAGAGUUGUCAAUU